UCCUCUCUCUUUAAGAAAGUACAUACCUUGCAUGAAAGUCUAGGUAAAUAUCCCAAAUUUCUCACAAUUCAUUUUUUGGGUCGGAAUUUUAAUUACUUCCACGGUUGAAUGAAACGUGAAACUCUUAACAUCCACAAACAUAUGGGGAGGGAUUGACGGGAGCUGCGAAAUAAUUGCGAUUAUCAUCCGGUGCAAGAGUGCAGGAAACUGAAGAUCUGCUGGAUUCAAGAAGAAGGGCCUGGAUAUCUUCAGGGUUUGUAUAUUGGUUUUGGGAAAAAUUAUGAUUGAGAAAUAAGCAUACAUAUAUAGCUAGCUAGGCCAUGGCUGAUGAUGAGAAGAUGAUUAAUGAAGGAGAUGAUAGUUACAGUACAGAACCGGCGGCAGACAACACAUUAUCAGAUUCCUAUGAUCAUGAGAAUUCGUCCAUCGACUUGAACGAAGAAGCCAGUAGCAACUAUCCCAUGAAUGAGGUUUCGGGCAUCAGCAUUCAGGACGGUGAAGUAGUAACAAAAGACGAGAGAUCGGGCGACAGCUCCAAGUCAGGACAAGGUGGGAAUAAUAAUGAGAAGAAAACUAGUGUUCGCCAGUAUAUUCGAUCCAAAAUGCCAAGGCUUCGGUGGACUCCUGACCUUCAUCUUUCGUUUGUUCAUGCUAUUGAGAGAUUAGGUGGGCAAGAAAGAGCCACUCCUAAAGCAGUGCUUCAAUUGAUGAAUGUGAGAGGACUCAGCAUCUCCCACGUCAAAAGUCACCUACAGAUGUACAGAAGUAAGAAACUCGAUGAAUCCGGAAAAGUAAUAGGGCAAGCGAAUAGGCUUUACUUCCAUGGCAGAAACUACCUCCCCGGAACCGGAACUGCUUACAACAAAUGCAGCCCACUUCAUCAUCAAUUGAGAUUAGAGAAUGGUGGUAUUGUUUUUGCAAGGAAUUCUAAUCAGGUUGAUUGCACCUCCAAUUUUUCACAAAACCCUCAAUCCCAUCUAUCUUCCAGAUAUCAGCAGUGGUCGUCUUCUUACCGUCAAGAACCCAAAUUUAGGCCUCACUCCAGACUGAUUUCAGAUCUAGAGAAGCGAAAGACGACUAUUCCUAGCCGUAUUCAUGCCAUGCAAGAAAGCUACCACAACGCCAGCCCCCUCAGGCCGAACCAAUUUCUUGAAGGAAGAAGAUGGCCUCCACCAGACCUCAUCCCAAACCUAUCUAAAGACAAAUCAGAAACCCCUAUUUCCAACAUUUGUUCAACUACUUUAAGACCACAAUCUCGCUGGAAUAUUUGCAUUGACGGCACCAGGACUAUUCCAAACAAAUCGACUACCCUAUUUCAUAACUCUAAGUCAUCAACUCUUGAACAUCCAUUGAGGCUCCAGAUGACGAAUGAGGAAAAGAAAAUCAAUUGCAAAGAUCACAGCUGGUUACCGGCUGAUUUACAACUGAGUUUGAGCAUCGGCCUAAGCAAUAACAACGAUAAGACGGAUUGCAGUAAAGGCGAGGACCGGGACAUCAACACAAAGCUUUCUCUUGCUUUAACCCCCCAUUCAUCAACUGCAACCUAGCUAGGAAAUUAAGCAAAGAUUGAUUAACUUAUAUUAGUAGCGGAUAUUACAUGUUAGGUACCCACACAUACUCACACUUUGUUAACUAGAGCAUUGAGACAAAAGGCUGAGUACUUAAGAUCUGACCCUGUAUGCUUGAGAUAGAGCAUAGGAGUGAGAUCUUUAUAGUACUUGGUCUUCACACAGACAAUAUAUAUUAUAUAUUAGAAGAUGGAUGGAUAAACAGAGUUUCUCAUGUUGUAAUAUUAUUUCUCUGUUGUAUUUGACAAGUUUUUGUUUCCAGAUUGCUGCAGUCUUGCAUGGAAACAUAUAGAUGCUG